GAAACUUUUAUUUAUUCAGAGGAAAAGAAUCUUCCGAAAUCUUAUCUCCUUCUCAUGUCUCCCUUUGAAACAUGAAUUGCUUCAUCUUCGUUUUCUUGGUCUUCCCCGCCGUAUUUUCAGGUAAGCGUAUAAUUUUAUAGCUUCAUUUUCACAAAAACAGUAUACAGUGGCCGGGUACAAAUCGCAAUUGUUAUGUAAACGUUCAAAUGUUGCUUGAGAUAAGAGUGAACGAAUUUUAAACUGAAGCUAAAGUAAUGGACCAUCCUCCCCUUUUUAGCGUGUACAGUUCUAACUAACGAGAAAAGAAUAGUCACAGGUAGGCUGAAAUUAAAAGAAGAAGCUUCGUGACUUAGUCUCUUUUCAUCCAAACGAAACAACUGAAUUACGAUCUUCUUGAGACUUUGUCAAAGGCGAAGGAAGAGAAAUUUACAAAAACAUAAAGGUUGUCAAAUUUCAGUAGUAUAAUCAAUCUGUCAACCGUUCCUAUGAAUCAUGAGUUUUAACUUUUCUUUCUGAAUAACGGAUAAUAAUAAAAUCUGUUUCGCACUGCUUUCAAUUGGACACUUAAAAGCACUUGAAGUAAAUCAAUCAAAGCUGGCUUUAAAAUCUGCUGAAAGUUAUGCAUAGCGGUUACUGGUUUUAUCAUUGUUAUAUUUGAGAGAUCAAAUUGUUACUUAUGUCAAUUUUGUCUAUUAAGGUCUGGCAGCAAAUCGUACAACUUUGACUAACCAAAAAAUACUCAUAUGCUUUAUGAGAAAGGAAACGAAUGGUGUAUAAGGAGUGUCCAGUCAUGGUCAUCAGUACCAUUGAAAGAGAGUAUAACCUUAGAAUAGCUCAUUACCCAUCAUCAAUUCUUGCAUCAUGUUCAUUAGGCUACUGAACAACAGUUUCAAAUUGUUGUUAAAUUCGUUUGUGGGGUGUUAAAGCCGUAUUGAGAAAAUUAAAGAUAGUUUAAGACUAGGGAUUGUAUAGCCUCCUACGCAGGCGUUUUUAGGGGAGCUCAUCAUGGGGAGGGAUGAAAAACGAGCUCCCCUAAAAACGCCUGUGUGGGAGGAUAGGAAUUGCACUGCACGCGAACGUAUUGAUAAAUAAAUGCUUUCUUGCUGUUGCAAAUUUGAAGCUGUAGUCUUUAAAAACCCAGAAAUGGAAGAACCUGACCUUCCAUGAUUAAAGGCAAAUAAGCUUGACUAUAAAGGGUUUUGUGUUAUCGUAUUAACCACAUCAAAGGAUUUGCUACGAUUUUGCCGCAGAUCCUAUGGAUUUGUUGACAAAUCAAGUAUAUGCUUUUUCACUUACAGAAGAUGUCGUCAGGCUUGUCAAACCACCAGAUUCAGUUCAUGAAGGUCUGGGGCGAGUAGAGGUUAAACACCAGGGAACCUGGGGAACAGUCUGUGACGACGGCUGGUCUUUUGAAGACGCUUCUGUAGUUUGCGAGGAAAUGGGCUUUGUAAAGGCUAUUUUCCAGGCAAGACGAUAUUAUUACAACAGGAAUGUUUUUUUCUUUAUCCUUUUGAAGUUUAAGGCAGCUUGUCUAUCAAAACAUUGGUAUUUUGCCCUUAAUUAACAAAGGUAUCCAUUUGGCCUAGUGAAUGCCUUUGCUUACACAAAGGGCCUGUUUACAAAAAAAAGAACAAAAUGUUUACCUGAGAGCGUAACAAAGGCUCUUUUAUUCCACUAUAGAAACAACCAAAUUGAAGGCCUCCGUUCAACAUUCAGUAAAAUUUCAGUAAACUGUUAGUUUCGAAUCGAAGUAACUUCAUGGAUUUGUUCAUGAGAACCCUAGGAUAUACUGCAAGGUUAUUUGAAUCAGUGCCGGCCAAUAACCCUCAAGAGUAAGUAAAUCAGACUGGUUGGAGAUAACGAUCAUUUAUUAUAAGCUCACAGCCCAAACUGAUUCCUGCUUAAGGACGGAACGACAAAUCCGACAAUUGCUUCUCUAAGGCCAAGUUACAUUAACUUGUAACGACGUAUCUCACUUUAGACUUAAUUGGCCUGACCCUCUUAACUCGUCUGGAAUAGAUGUUCUAUACAGAUGACGAGGAAAUCAAUCAGUCAGUAAUUAAAAUACAUUCCACAGGCAAACCGCGCAAAGUUUGGCCAGGGGACUGGGCCUGUGUGGCUUAGCAAGAUGAUGUGCACUGGACAAGAGAAAACGUUGUUGGACUGUCCCCACUCAGGGUGGGGAGAAAACAGCUGUGAUCACAGUCGAGACGCUGGUGUCAGCUGCUUACAGCAAGGUCUGCCUCAAAUCCUUGAAGUUGGCUGCUACCAAGAUAAAUCUGAUGAUCGAGCCUUGAACAAGCUGUACGCCAACCUCAGAUCACAAAUCGAUUGGUGGAACAUGCGAUCGAUGGUCACUAAGUGUGCGGAGCGUGCUUUCGUGCGAGGUUACAAAUAUUUUGGGGUACAGUUUUACGGGGAGUGCUGGGGUGAUGACAGACUCCGACCGAGCUAUGAUAAACAUGGCCCUGGAAAGGGAUGCACAGACGGUGAGUUAGGACCAGGGAGGCCGGGGGGUGCUCAGCCCAGAGGUCUAAGCCUUUCACCCUUUUGUACAUAUACCAUUUUUGACAGAAAAGGUCCCCCUUUCCUAUACCUUCUAUUGUCAAAUGCUACUCCUUCCUCAUACCUACUUUAGAACUCUGUAUCCCUUUAAACUACUGUAAAUGUCUUUAAAAUAUCAACAAACCACAAAAACCUUCAGUUUUUUCAAUUUUUUGACAGACAGAAAGUGCAGCUGUAGGCUUUUUUACAGACUAAAUAGCGGAUUUCCCUUAUUUUUCAUAAACCUAAUCUAGUGAAAUCCCCUCCCUUUCAUAAACCUGAAGUCUGAAAGCGGUUCCCCUUUCGGACGGAACCUUCCCAUAUAAACCAUUAUAGGGGAUACCCCUGGGGUAAGUAUACAGAUCACGUACUGCACCCUCAUAAGUAGAUUUUGAUUCCUCGUCAAACCGCAUUAAAAGAAAAUUUGGAGCACUUAUCUCGCCAAAAGCCAUCGAUAUCUUUACGUUAUUGUAGGUGUUGGGGAUGAAGUUCACAACUAUGUUUACCGAUUUGCACCGUGGCGUGACCUCGGUUGCUGGCGUGACGUGGGUGAUGGACGCACCAUGAAGCUAUUGGCCAAUUUCCGACAAAAAAUUGAUUGGUUUCACUUGGAGAAGACUGGUAAGUAGCAGCAGGCGGCCGAAACACUCACGCACAGAUCUUUUUUUCUGACAUAAAAGACAUUUCAAAUCCCACAAAUUGCCACUUAUCCUUCAGAUUGUCCUUAUAGGAAUCUUGCGAUGUCAACGGCGCCACCAGUAAAGUCAUUAGUAAAAAUAGUGUUCACGUCCUUUCCAAGUCACACAGUUUCUUAAAAGUAGGGAAAAUAGGUUGGAGCUGAAGGUGAAAGGACCUUAAAGUCCUUUAUUCUGAGAUGACAUGUGACUUCUCAAUGUGUUGAAAAUGAAACAAACGAGACUCCUAAUUUUUAUAUGCAAUCGUUUAUUUCAUAUUUGACACUUAUUACCCAAACGAAUGACUGAGCAAAAUUUUGCAAUAUAAUUAUUAAAAAACGCUCAAUAUUUCCUUAUUUAGUUCAAAUGUGCUACGAAGCUGCCAAAAAAGCCAAUAAGAAGUUCUUUGCCAUUCAGUUUUUUGGAGAGUGUUGGGUAUCUGAUACAGAAUCUUACAAAUUGCAUGGUCCGUCCACAAACUGUUGGAAUGGAGUCGGCAGAGAUUACGACAAUUAUGUGUACGAAGUGCUUUGGUGAACCGCGCAGGUAAUUAUAAAAAACAAUACAGCACAGGGGAAUGAGAGUUCUGAUCAUUUUAAUUGCUUUGUUACUCUGAGUAAUUGUUCCUAAACUUAGAGCCACCAUGAGAGGAAGCCAGAAACCUAAGAAACAACUUGCAACCACAGUAGUAUAGUGCGCAUGUUUAAUUCCAUUAUUCUGCGAUAGAUUAGUAUUAGCUGGUGUGUGAUUCCAUUAUUCUGUGAUAGAUUAGUACUAGCUGGUAUGUGAUUCCAUUAUUCUGUGAUAGAUUAGUAUUAGCUGGUGUGUGAUUCCUUUAUUCUGUGAUAGAUUAGUACUAGCUGGUCAAGUUGAUUCCAUUAUUCUGUGAUAGAUUAGUAUUAGCUGGUGUGUAAAGUACAUUGACGUCACCGUGAGACCGAUGAGAGGUACCCUCAGUCCCGAACAUGGUUGAAAGCAACUAACUGUUAUAUUUCUUGCUGCCCUCAUUCCCCGUUGCAGCUGAGUUUCGAUCAAGUCGGCAGUUAAUGGCCAUUUGAAACUAUGACGUCGUUUUACCACCACUGCUACUGCUACUGCUACUGCUACUACCACUACCACUACCACUACCACUACCACUAAUACAACGACCACCAACACCAGGGUUUUGCUUUCUUGUACAAAUCAGGGCUUUUGUCAGUUGAACCUCACUGGGAUUACCAAAUUGAAAUUGGAAAGAAAACUGACGAAUGAAUAUUCUGGUCGUAUUUGUCGUAGCAGGCCUAUUCUCAGUUGGCACAUGUUAAAAAGGGUUAGCCAACUAAUGAGGGAAAGCCAACCUAGUUCCCAGGGCUUUUCGCGCCCACCCCAAUUUCAAAGGGAGGUUAAGUAAAAGCAAACGGUCCUUUUUUUAGUCGAGUGGGAGUCUGCUUCUGGCUGCAACUUUAUGCAUAAAGAUAACCACUUCAGUUAAUCAAAGCUGCCCGACGUUCUAAAUAAAACUAGCAACAACAAUCUUAAAAGACUUAUAGUUGUAAAUGAUGACUUAGUUUAUAAAUGAGUUCUUGAACUUAAACGUUGCGUACAACAAUCUUCAUCUUCGUUUUUCCCACCAGGUGACUAAGAAGAAAGAAAACUCAAGCGGGAUACAUUUAAACAUAAUCAUUGAUCUGGCAAAAAUAAAUUAAGAAAACAUUUUAUCUGA